AUGGAUCAGCUAGAGGCAAUGCCUUCCCUGAAGGCUAGUGAAGUGCAGGGCUUUGAGAGAUUCUCAGAUCUUGUCCGGAUAACCGUUGUUAAGUUGCAGGCAGAGGGUCGGGAUGGAGAGUUGGGGGAAGGUACGUUACAUGGCUUGUUGAUCAAAACGCUUGCAGAAAGACAGGUUGAAAGCUAUAGUCGUUGGCUUAGGGAACAUAAAAAGGAGAGGUCAGUGUUAAGCUUAAAGGAUUGGUUGAAGGAAGAGGUUAGGGUGAGAGUGGAAGCUAUGGAAAUGGAUCAUAGUGUUGAAGGUAUUGAUUUGUCGUUGAAAAGGAAUGAGGCUGGUGGGGAAAAGUCUAGAUAUGGUGACAGAGGUCGGUCCCGUACACUAUUUGCUGGUCGUGGUGGAGUUGGUGGUAAGGAUGUGAAGCCACUUUGUGCAUUGUGUGAGGGGAACCAUGGUAUAUGGUCUUGCCAGAGGUUUCAGGAUAUGAAGGUUCAAGAUAGAUAG